CUGGGUGGCAGCUCCAGCAGGCACAUGUGUUUCUCUGUAUUUACAAAAGAUUUUCCGAAAACAAUCCAAUAAUGGUUAAGGGCAAGAAGCCGUAUAUUGACCGCAAAAAGGCGGUCACCUUCCAUUUGGUGCAUCGCAGUCAACACGAUCCCCUGGUGACCGAUGAAAAUGCUCCGCAGAGGGUGCUCCUCGAGGCGGCGGCGCGCCAGCAGAAGCCGAAGGAUCCAGAGCCACCCACCGAUCCCGCCCAGCGGCAGGAGGAGCUAAAGAAGUUUGGUAUUCACUUCGACGAUGACUAUGACUAUAUGCAGCAUCUAAAGAAACGCGAGAACGACGUGGUUUGGGAGUUCAUGGAGAAUCCGAAUCAAGCGAGAAAGCAAAAAGUCCAGGAUAGCGAGAAACCGGGCCCUGCGCCCAAGCUUAUGCUGCCCAGCUCGGUGUUCGCCAGCGAGUUUGAGGAAUCCGAGGGCAUGCUAAACAAGGCGGCUCCGCAAACCUUGCGUCUGGACUGGGAUCCCGAUGUGGUCGCUGCCCUGGACAGCGAUUGUGAGAACGAAGAGCUGGAAGAUGACUUCGUAAUGCAGGCUAUGGCUGAGGGCGACUCCGACGACGAGGAGUGGGAUGACGAAGAUGGGGAGGAGCAGUCCGACAUGGACUUCGAUUCCGAUGACCUAAACGAGGAUGAAAAUGAGGACGAACUAAUGGAUCGCUUGGCGCCCCUGAUGCGCGAACGUCGCUUUGACGACGAGGAGCUCAAGUCGCGCUUCACCGAGUACUCCAUGUCAUCCAGCGUAAUUCGGCGCAAUGAGCAGCUGUCCCUAUUGGACGAUCGUUUCGAGAAGUUCUACGCCACAUACGAUGAUCCGGAGCUGGGCGACCUGGCUCUCGAGGACAUCGAGGGCAACUGGCACCAGAAACAUCCCGUUGUGAUGCAGUGCUUCCAGGAGUUCAAGAAGAAGGACAAGAGCAUCGAGUAUAACAAGGAGUGGGAUCGCGAGCGCAUCGAAAAGUAUCGAAAUGUGGUCGAGGGCGAAGAAGAUCCCACGGAGGAGCUGGUGGAAUACGAGGUCGACGACCCAAAGCAGAAGAAGUGGGACUGCGAGUCAAUCUUGUCCACCUACUCGAAUAUCUACAAUCACCCGAAGGUGAUCGAUGAGCCGCGACGCAGUCGUCGUUCCAGUGCCAGCACAAAUCCAGCUCCCAUUCAGAUCGACCCGAAGACAGGCCUGCCCACAAAUGUCCUGCGCGGUGGGGUCGAUGGCCAACUGACAGCCAAGGCGCUUGCUAAUCUGGCCGAUGAAUCACCCGCUGCCACUGGGCCAAAGUCACUGUGCGCCAAAUCGGUGCUCUCCACAUUAAGCGUUCUGUCCAUCAGACCCAAGGACGAGACCCCCGAGGAGAAAAAGGAGCGGAAGCGCCUGCUGAAGGACUAUCGCAACGAGCGUCGCAUCGAAAAGAAGGCCAACACGGAGGCCUUCAAGGAGGAGAAGAAGCGACAGACGCACGUGAAGAUCAACCAGCGAACCAACCAACAGGGAGCCUCCAUCGUCUAGCUUAAGUUUCCGGCUCUGUUCUCUAGGCUUAAAUGUGAAAUGUAUACACAGGCGUAUAUGUUAAGUGAUAUCUAUAAACGAACGAUUGGAUAAACGACAAA